AUGGCUCUAGGGAUUCUGGAGCCAAAUGUCGAGCACGUCCCGGGAACGGUGUAUGUGUACGAGUCGGAACAGCGACAUGCUGAGCUGUUGGAUAAUGCUCAGCAUCUGAAGAAGGACAAGACGGGGCGAGUCAUUCUCGUCCCCCAGCCCUCGGAUGACCCAAAUGAUCCCUUGAAUUGGCCCAUCUGGCAACGCGACCUCAUUCUCGGAAUACUCUGCUUUGUAUCUUGCCUUGCCACGACAGCUUCUCCCCUCCUCGCCGCAGAUUCAACGACUCUCGCCAUCGUCUUCAAGCGAACAUUCCAAGAUGCUGCCCUUCUCACUGCCUACCAUCUCUGCGGCGUGGGUGUGGCGGGAUGGCUAUUUGUCGCAUCCGCAAGAGUCUGGGGCAAGAGACACCUGUUUCUCCUAGGAGCGCUGCUCAUGGUCGCGAGUUCUGCCUGGGGCGGUUCCACACAUAUCGGUCACAAUUAUGCCAGCCUAUUAUGGAGUCGCGUCUUUCAGGGAGUUGCACUGGCCCCCUUUGAGGCCCUGGUCAAUGCCUGUGUUGGAGAUCUAUAUUACGUCCAUGAGCGUGGAGUUCGAAUGGCGAUCACAAAUACAUGUCUUUUUGGAGGGGCCUUCCUGACACCAGUCUUUGUGGGUAUGAUCACUGCGCACAUGGGCUGGCAAUGGAGUUUCUUCUUCCUUUCCAUCUUUAUGGCCCUGGGGUUCUUUCUCCUCUUCUUCUUCGUGCCUGAGACGGCUUAUCGACGAGCACACUCUCUCAAUCUCGAUCUUCUCGCUGAGGAGGACUCAUCGAAAGAAACGGUCGGGAGUCCUGAGACGUCGACUGCAAAAGACGCGGAGGAAAAGGCUCUGCAAUCUUCCGCAGUCGUCGAAACACCCCCCUCGAGGCAUUCCUACUGGCGCCAAUUGAUGCCAUUCAACGGUCGAAAGACGGACGAGUCCUUCUUCAAGCUUCUCUUCCGACCGUUCCCAUUGUUCCUGCAUCCCGCAGUCCUGUGGGCUUGUCUGCUCCAAGGAGUGAUUAUCGGCUGGACUGUCAUGGUUGGAGUUAUACUCUCUCUAAUCUUCCUAGGGCCGCCUCUCUUCUUCAACGAAGAGAGGGCGGGCAAGAUGUACACCAGCGCGUUCAUCGGCAGCAUCCUCGGCCUGCUCGGUGCUGGUUUGUACAGCGAGUUCACUACGCGAUUCAUGAUCAAACUCAACCGGGGCAAGUACGAACCCGAGUUCCGUAUCCUGCUCGUCAUUCCGACGCUCGUGUUCUCCUGCGUCGGUCUCUACGGCUUCGGUAUAACAGCAAACAAUGUGGCCCGCUAUGGUUGGAUCGUCCCCGAGGUAUUUCUCGCAUUUAUCAUAAUCAGCAUGGUAAUGGGCUCCAUCGCCUCAGCCCAGUACCUCCUCGACGCUCAUCGCGACCUUGCGGUUGAGGCGUUCACGAACCUCAUCAUCUUCAAGAAUAUUUUCUCGUUUAUCCUGGCGUACCAUGCUUUCAAUUGGGUAUUUGCGAUCCGCAUCAACCACUUAUUUAUUAUAUUCGGUAGCAUCGAGAUUGCUAUCUGUGUGCUAAGUGUUCCCAUGUAUAUCUUUGGGAAGAAAAACCGCGAGUUUUUCCACCGGCGUGAUCUAUUGAAGAUGACAAGGCUUCGAUAA